CCUGUAGAGUUUCUGAUGAGAAAUCACCUGUGUCUAAUUGGAUAUGUUUCUGAAGGUGUUGGUGUCAUUUGAAGACCUGGCUGUGGACUUCACCAAGGAGGAAUGGCAGAACAUGAAUCAUUCUCAGAGGACCCUGUACAGGGAUGUGAUGCUAGAAAUCUAUAGCAUCCUACUGUCCUUGGGGCACUGCAUUAACAAGCCUGAGGUGAUCUUCAAGUUGGAACAAGGAGCAGAACCAUGGAUGGUAGAAAAACCCCUGAACCAGAGCCUUUCAAUUGCCAACAGAAAGGAUGACCAACCAGAAAAGUGA